AUGAAGGACAAAGAUGGGAAGGCUACUACUGACUUGAAGCCUGAAGAGGAUUGGUCUAAGGAAGAAGAUGAAUUGGCUCUUGGAAACUCCAAAGCUUUGAAUGCUUUAUUCAAUGAAGUUGACAAAAACAUAUUCAGUGCCUUGGGAGAGAAGAUGUUAGAAGAAAAGCCGGUUAGAAAAAUUCUCAGGUCCCUACCUAAGAAAUCUGACAUGAAGGUCACAGUCAUUGAAGAAGCCCAAGACAUCAGCAACAUGAGAGUAGAUGAACUUGUUGGGUCACUUCAAACUUUUGAAUUGGGUAUUAGUGACAGAUCUGAAAAGAAGAACAAAAUCAUGUCUUUUGUAUCCAACACUGAAGAUGAAGAGGACCAAUGUGACUUGGAUAUUGAUGAGGGAAUGUAUAAUGUUAUUGUACUGCUUAAGAGACAAUUCAACAAGGUGCGGAAGGGAAUGGACAGGAAGUCGAGACCAAAUGUCAAGAACAUCUCAUAUGACAUCAGCAAGAAUAGAAGAAAUGCCCAAUCAAGGAAAAGGUAUCUCAAGAAACAAAAGAAGGGCUUGUCUGUUUCUUCGUUCGAUGAUUCUGAAGGUGAAACUGAUGAUGAAACUACUAAGCAUGUUACAGCUUUCACUGGUAGAUAUGAAUUUGAUAAAGAUUCUUGUGAUGAGGGUGUCUCUUAUGAAGCAUUGGUUGCUUCCUACAAAGAGCUUUGUGUCAGAAGUGAAUAG